GGCUUCCUCGCUCUGAUUGGCCAGGCGGUGGCUUCUGUCUUCCGGGUCACGCACGGCGUCGCAGAUAUCCCAGCGUGCUUCGCGGCGGCUCUUUCUUUUUCCGGCUGGCCAUUUUCUCCGCUGGGAGGGACCUCGUAAGCAGCCAUGGCGCCCAGCCGGAAUGGCAUGAUAUUGAAGCCUCACUUCCACAAAGACUGGCAAAGGCGGGUGGCCACCUGGUUCAACCAGCCUGCGAGGAAGAUCCGCAGGAGGAAGGCCCGCCAGGCAAAGGCCCGCCGCAUCGCUCCCCGUCCAGUAUCUGGACCAAUCAGACCAAUGGUGAGAUGUCCUACCGUCCGAUACCACACAAAAGUCCGUGCAGGUCGAGGGUUCAGCUUGGAGGAGCUGAGGAUGGCCGGCAUCAACAAGAAGUUUGCUCGGACAAUUGGUAUCGCAGUGGACCCCAGGCGCCGCAACAAGUCUACAGAAGCCCUGCAGGCCAAUGUCCAGCGACUGAAGGAGUACCGUUCCAAGCUCAUCCUUUUCCCCAGGAAGCCUUCUGCUCCCAAGAAAGGAGACAGCCCAGCAGAAGAGCUCAAGAUGGCCACACAGCUCUCUGGACCUGUUAUGCCCAUCAAGAAUGUCUACAAAAAAGAGAAGGCCCGAGUUAUCUCAGAGGAGGAGAAGAACUUCAAGGCCUUCGCCAGCCUGCGCAUGGCCCGGGCAAACGCUCGGCUUUUCGGCAUCCGGGCUAAGCGCGCCAAAGAAGCGGCCGAGCAGGACGUUGAGAAAAAGAAAUAAACUGUUGGCUCAGGGCCUCUCAAUAAAGGAGGGUAAUUCUGAAA